AAGACCGGACAAGUUUUACUGAUUACACACCGCAAAGACAUGAGAACCCUUCCCUUCAUGAUCACCUUAAUCUACACCGUAGGUUUGUCUGUGGGUCGAAGGGUGUCACUACCAGCAGGCCCUCUGAUCCGAGUGGAGGGUGAGGCAUUGUCGUUACGUUGUGAAGUUUCGGAGUAUCAGGGCCCCAAGGAGCAGGAGUUUGAAUGGAAAGCAACAAAAGGGUCAGAAACCAUUCAGGUUGUCUCCACUUUCGACUCUUCAUUUCCAGACCAGUCUUUAAAAGCCCGGGUGUUUACUGAUGACAUCAGUGUGAAAAGAAUUGAUGAAAGUACAGUGGAGUUGAGGAUUAAAGAAGCCAGAGUGACGGACAGUGGUACUUUCACUUGCAGUACUCCCAGCACUGAUUCUGUUAUCAGUGGAAACUAUGAGGCAGAUGUGCUGCUGAGAGUAAUUCCUAAUACGCUGGCUGUGGUUCCCGAAGUUCCAGCCCCUUCAGUCCACGAGGGCAGAUUCAUCAAUCUUCACUGCAACAUCACUCAAAACUUUACUGAAGGAAUUUACCUAUCAGUUACAUGGUCUGUUCAAAAGGAUCAGUCACUUGAGCAGGAUCUCCUUACUUUUGGACCUGAACCAGGUCUGACUGUUGGAAAGAAUUUUAUCCAACGCUACGCAGAUGGUGAAAUGCACCUGCACAUGGACAAUACUGGUUCCUACAGCCUGGUGCUCUCUGGAGCAGUGCCUGCAGAUCAGGGGGUGUAUGUGUGUACUGCCAAACAGUGGACCAGAGAGCAGGGCACCUGGAACAGAAUACAGGAAAAGGCAAAGGUCAUAGGUGAAGUGGCUGUUAUAACAACAGAUGAAUCCCUUACUGUACAGGUCCUGGAUAGUACCAUCCUUAACACGGGAGACAAUCUGAAUCUCACUUGCUUGGUUUCUGCAGAUGACCUUGCUGCCUUAGGUCUUGAGGUGACGUGGCUGCUAAAUGACACACAGGUUCUUACCCACCUUAGUCGAGAUGGAGUGGUGGCAAAAACUUCAGAUAUGUUUAGCAUUAACCGGGUUGGAGAGGGUGAAUUCAGACUGGAGAUCCACAGCGUUGAGCUAUCUGAUAUGGGCCUUUACUCAUGCAGAGUGAGGGCAUGGAUACAACAGAGCUGGGGAAAAUGGUACCAGGCUGCAGAGAAGACAUCAGCCCCUGUACAAGUGGUGAUCACCCCAAAAGAUCCAGCAUUUACUGUGACCCUUACAUCUCCAGUCAUAGCCCAGUACUUGGGUGAUCCCACAGAACUUUUGUGUCAAGUGUCCAACAUUUCCCACUUCUGGGGUGAACGAUUGAGCGUCAGUUGGUUCUAUUCAGCUGCCUCAUCUGGUGGUGGCCAGGGUGGCAGUGAUAUUAUUGCAUCACUGAAUGAAAAUGGGGCUGUCAUUCCCAGUGAUAAAUAUAGGGACCGCAUUGACUCAGGUCUCAUCCUGGUAACCCGAAUUGAACCAGCUACCUUCAAGCUCCGCCUGCUCCGCACCACAAAUGCAGAUGUAGGUGAAUAUGUUUGCCGUGUCACAACAUGGACACUUACUCGCCAUGGCAUCUGGAAAUAUACAUCAGAACAUCAUGCUCAUGCACUAAAAGUCAGCUUGGCCUCCAAGGGCCCUGUCAUCGGUGUGAUCGCUCGCCACAACCGACAAGCAACUUUCAGUGGCUCCACUUUUGAAAUGAACUGCCUGGCUAAACUUAAGAACCUCUCAGAGGGUGUGGCCCUCUCUGUCAUCAUAUUGGUCCAGUAUGGUGUAGGUGCACCCACUCGCAAACUUGCUUCGCUCAGCCCUGACCUGGUUCUCAAGUUAGAGGACUGGCAUGAGUCUAGUCGGCAAAAUGGCCUGAGUCUAGUGAAGACUGGCAACACGGAGUUCUUAUUCCGAAUCCAGAGUGUGCAGAUGAUGGAUAGAGGAUUCUACUCAUGUGAAGUUGCAGCGUGGACCAGGCCAGAUGGGAAUAACUGGGUGGAGAUAACGAAAGGAGAGUCAAAUAAAAUUCAGAUUAACUUCGAGCACACAAGUCCAUCAUUUGAUCUUUCGAUAUCUUCAGACACCACCAGUGUUUACCCCUGGGAAACGGUUAAGAUAGAUUGCAAUAUCGGUGUAUCAGGAACUUCCAACACAGACAAUGUCGCAUAUGAAAUAAGAUGGUAUCAGAGUCAUUUACGGGGAUCGGAUAACUUCGUUCUGCUGGCCAGUGUAGAUCGUUGGGGUGUGGUGACGAAAAGCAUUCGUAAUGACACCAGUGACUGCAGUCUGGAACGUCUCGGAACCCAAAGAUUUGUCCUCACCAUUCAUGGCACCCAAGACAGUGAUGCUGGCGAGUAUUACUGCACUGCCACACCAUGGAUACGAUCAACCACAACAGCAGAUUGGAGAAAAGAACCAGAGAUCAGAUCCAAGAGGGCCUUUCUUAAUGUCAAGUUUGCAUUGUGGGAUUCAAUGAAAUUACCUUUGCUUUAUGGGACAUGUACAUCCCUCUCCGUGGGUCUCUUUUCUGUCAUUCUGGGCCUUCUCGUUUCUCUGUGCUGCUGCAGAAAUAAAUCAGGCACUCCACACACUCGCAUCAAGCUCCUCAACCCACAGACUGAUUGA